ACAGAUCGAUCCCCACACACCGAAGGGAUAAGCAUAUUCUCAUACGUCUUAAAAACAUCAAUUUGCUGUAUUUUUCUAAAUGCUUGAUUUUGACAUAUCCUUCAAAGGUUUUUCAUGAUGGGAAUUUCCAUGUCGAUUUCACAACAACGACAUCAUGUCCUUGCAGCCCUGGACAUUUCUCAUGGUCCAGGCAGGCUCAAGAUGGGCACUUUAACCCCCUGGCUGCCAAAGGAGAAGGUGGUGGUGGUAAUGGGGGCUACCGGAACAGGCAAGUCCCGCCUCUCCAUCGACCUCGCCACCCAGUUUCCAGUCGAGGUCAUAAACUCAGACAAAGUGCAAGUUCAUAAAGGACUAGACAUUGCGACCAAUAAAAUAACACUGGAAGAACAAAACAGAGUCCCUCACCAUUUGUUAGGAACAGUGAAUCCCAAUGCCGAUUUCACGGCAUCGGAUUUUUGCAACAUGGCGUUGAUGGCCGUGGAAUCGAUUCUGUCCCGUCGCCAGCUUCCCAUCAUUACCGGUGGCUCCAAUUCCUACAUUAAGGCUUUAAUCGACGAUGAAGACUUUCAGUUUCGAUCAAAAUAUGAAUGUUGUUUCCUCUGGGUUGACGUUGCAAUGCCGGUGCUCCAUCAGUACGUGUCGGAACGGGUUGACAGGAUGGUGAAGAAUGGGAUGGUCAACGAGGUGAGAGGGUUUUUCUCCGUCAAUGCGGAUUACAAACAGGGUAUCAGGAAAGCAAUCGGGGUACCGGAAUUCGAUACGUACUUUAGAGCCGAACCGUUUCUCAACGAAGAAAACAGGGUUAGGCUGCUGAAGAAAGCUAUCCAAGAAAUCAAGAACAACACCUGCAAAUUGGCCUGCCGGCAAUUGGAGAAGAUUCACCGAUUGAAGAACGUAUGGAACAUACACAGGCUUGAUGCCACGGAGGCUUUCCAGCUGGAAGGCAGGGAAGCUGACGAGGCAUGGAACGAACUGGUGGUCCGCCCAAGCACAGAGAUAGUGGCGCAAUUCUUGUAUAGUGGAGCCACUGAGGAGGUGCAGGCGGCUGGGUUGCCUUUUCUGCCUCCAAGAUAUCACGUUGCAUGACUUUUGGCAUGAUGCGAUGUAGUAACCUUAAAUCCAACAUACAAUAAAUUAAUUUUGAUGAAUUUUGAUUGGAAAUGAGUACAUGCUUUUAACUUAUGCGUCCUCUGUUAUAUUUUGACAAAAUAUUGUGAGUGAAUGUACACAAGGUUAGUGUUUUAUACUUUAAACUUCGUACAGACCAUUAAAUGAAAGAGUUUAUCUUAU